AUGACCCGCGAGGUUAUCACACUUUCGGUGGGGCAGUGCGGAAACCAACUUGCGCAUGACUUCUGGCUCCGGCUCGCUGAGAUGCUCGGCAUAAACAUGGCAGGCUGCGCGCCGGAGCUGACGACGGAAGGUUCGCAAUUCGGGCGAAAUGUUCGUUACGACGUGUGCUUCAACGAAGUUGAAGAGGGCCGCUUCGUCGCGCGCUCGGUGCUGUUGGACUUGGAACCGCGUAUCGUGAACUCGAUUUUGCACGGCCCGCAAGGCGCGCUGCACAGCACGAAAAACGCGUGGGUCGGCUCGGACGGCGGCGGCGCAGGAAAUUUGUGGACCAACGGCUACGCGCAGGGCCGUCUGUACGCGGACGUCAUCCAAGAGAAGGUGCGUGCGGAGCUCGAGAAGGCCGACUGCGCGGAGGCGGUAAACUUGCUGCACUCCAUCAACGGAGGCACCGGCAGCGGGCUUGGUUCCGCGCUGCUCGAGUUUCUGCGCGACGCGUUCCCCAAGAAGAUUUUGCAAACGUACAGCGUGCUUCCGGAUUGCGACGCUAGCAGCAGCGUGGUCGUGCAGCCGUACAACGCGAUGCUCACGUUCGAUCGCUUGACGCACUGCGCGGACGCGGUGCAUCCGAUCCAGAAUGCGCGGCUGGAUGCGAUUUGCACAGACACGUACCAGCUCGCACAGCCUAGCGUGUCGACGCAGAACAGCAUAAUCGCCGACGCGGUCACGGCACUGUUGGCGCCGCUGCUGUUUCCGUCGUUCGCGAACUCGUCGCUAGCUUCAGUGCUCAGCUCGCUCGUGCCUCUGCCGAAGCUGCAU